UGAGGGUUUACUUUCUGCUGUUAGAAUUAGGCUGUUUAAGUUUUUAAAUUAAUUAAUAUUGUGUACAGUUGAAAUAAAAGUAUAUAACGAAAUCCAAAAAAUGUCGUACGAGGAGGAAGACUACCCUCGGGGAGAUUAUAUCGUUGGUUCUUUUCCCAAGGAUUUUGGUUAUGGUCCAGAUGAUCAAGAUGGUGAGAUUGAAGUUGCCAACACAACACAAAAACCCAGGAUUCUUCUGAUGGGACUUAGAAGGAGCGGGAAGUCGUCAAUCCAGAAGGUAGUCUUCCACAAGAUGUCUCCAAAUGAAACAUUGUUUUUAGAAAGCACAAACAAAAUUAUCAAAGAUGAUAUUUCCAAUAGUUCAUUUGUCCAGUUUCAAAUUUGGGAUUUCCCUGGACAGAUUGAUUUUUUUGACCCAACGUUUGACUCUGAGGUUAUAUUUGGUGGCUGUGGAGCUUUAGUUUUUGUAAUAGAUGCUCAG